AUGAACGUGGUGGAAGAUUGCGUUAAAUGUCUAAGCAUCCUCAUCGUUCACGGGUGGAAGUCUAGAAUAUCAGGCCAGCUGGUACAACAGAUUUUCAGCUUUCUCAUAUUCAUCAUCGAUGGCGUUCCGGGAUCCCCCAAGAGAGACAUCCCCGAAGAGACGGUUCUCGAGGCGUUCCGGGCCGAAACCGCGCUGCUCACUACCGCAGCAUCGUCGGCUACGGCGGCGGCGGGCCUCUCCCAAUCAGAGUCCAUGCCAGCGCUGGGCCAUGGGAUUACAGUCAUGCUGGACGGAGUUUCGGAGGGUGCAAAUGCAGAGGUUCAGCGCGAGGCACUGAGGACAUUGGAAGCCGUCUAUGGAGCUAUCAAGGAGCAUGCUGCGCUGGCCAGUUUUCUCCCAGGAACAAUCUCAUCAUUUGCAACGGUGUUAUCGAAACCUUCUCGAUAUAAGAAGCUGGUAAUAGCAAAAUGUCUGGAGACUGUGCGAGUGGUCCUAACACGGGUGCUGUCCGACCUGCGGACGAGAUCCAUUAUCGCCAAAGAAGCCGAAAGUCAGAGCGAUGCCGGCAAGUCCAAAGUUCUCAGCCCGGCAUGGCUAAAGGCUACCGUGGCCCAGGUCCAGGUGGCUCUGUCGGUGAUGAUGAGGCUACGGACGCAUGAAGCGCCUGAAGUCCGUGAGGCUCUGGGGCGACUGUGCAUAACUUUACUGGACGAAUGCCAUACUACCCUAUCAAAUUGCACGACCAUCCUCGUCGAGACAUCAGUGAUUCUUGACCAAGGAUCUGACCAAGACUCCAUGACCGAAACGAGCCUGGGAUACCUGGUAAAUAUAUAUCCCGAACUGGGCGAAUGCAUCAAAUCAACAGUCUACAACUGGAUGUCGAGCCUUCCUCGCCUAGUGCAGGCAAGUGAUGAGAAGAUCAAAGAGCAAGCAGUCUAUAAUCUGACCAAGGGAAUUGGGAUGUUGCGAAGUCUAAGAAUCGAGUCGUCAACGCUCGAUGAUUCAAUUAGCAGUACUUUGAGAGAGAGCAUAAUGGCAAUCGUCAGUACGUCAAAAACACAUCAGACCAAUACCAACAGCCCUGUACUACUGCUCGAUGACGGGUCUUCGGCUUCGGUCACGACAAGUGAACCGCAAUUCCAGCCAGUUCUAUUAGGCCACGAAGGGCAGAGAAGGCUAAAGAGCGAGAUUUCAAGUCUCGUAUGGACUGUUGGCUCCAUAUCCCAGCAUGCCGCAAUCGCGGCGAACAUGCUAGAUUGUGUUCGAGAAUCAACAUCUCUCAAUCAGCUGACUGCGUAUUGGCUGUGCUUUGAGCUAAUCAAGGCCUCACAUGUCGGCUCCGAAGAUACGGACGCGCUGCUCGAUCUAUCAGCAUUUAUUGACCAAUCAGAAGAUGUAAAUCAAGUCUUUGACGAGCUAUACGACUUUUCAGUUCAAGUACUAGACUCACACACCGAGGUGGCACAGGUUGACUGGCGUUUGGAAGCCAUUGCUCUCGAGAUAAUGGCCUAUGCUGCACAUAGAUCAGGUGACAAGUUUAGACCAGAGCUCAUUGACGUGCUAUUCCCCGUUGCCACGUUCCUGGGCUCGGAUAACGGCAACCUGCAGCAACAUGCCAUUGCCACGCUAAACAGCAUAGCACAGUCUUGCCAGUAUUCCAACGUCUCAGAGUUGAUCAUUGACAACGUCGACUAUAUGGUCAACUCGGUCUCGCUGCGGCUGAACACGCUGGACAUCUCCCCGGCAUCCACACAGGUCCUGCGAAUGAUGGUGCAGCUGGCUGGACCUCGCCUGGUGCCGUUCUUGGACGACGUCGUCGAGUCCAUGUUUGCUGCUCUGGAAAACUAUCACGGAUACGCAUCUUUCGUGGAGAGCCUCUUCUCCGUCUUGAAGGAGAUUGUGGACCAGGCCACCCACGCAGAUGGCCGGCUCUUGACCGACGCCGAGCGGUCGUCCACCAACCACAAGAAACAGGCACAAGCGAUAGAGAGCCUAGAUAUGCUUCUUGAAAUCCUCGACAGGCGCAAACAGAGAGAAGAACGUGAUAGGGCCGAGAUGGAAAACACAGAGGCCAAGAGCGGACACCCCGGGGUCCCAUGGACGAGCGACCUGGCCCAGGGACAAGACGACCAAGAACAAGAAGGACCCCCAAAAGAACAGGAAAAACCGCCAAACUCGCCCACGUACCAGCUUGUCCAGCGCGUGGCGACGCUCACGCAGCACUACUUGACAUCGCCGACCCCGACGCUGCGAAGGUCCCUACUGGAACUCGUCUCCGCGGCAUCGUCCGUCCUCGCCGCCGACGAAGAUUCCUUCUUACCCCUCGUCAACGCCAUCUGGCCCGUGGUCAUCACCAGGCUCCGCGACCCGGAGACCUUUGUCGUCGUCGAGGCUUGCGAAACGCUCUCCGGACUGUGCAAGGCGGCGGGUGACUUCCUCAGCACCCGCUGGAAAACAGAAUGGUGGGACGGACUGGGUGAUUGGUGUCGCAAAGCUAAGCAGAAUGCGUCUAGGGACAAGGGACGCUCCAACAUCCCCCUCUCGCAAUCUAGAUCAGGGAAGGAUAUCGUGAUUCCUAUACGAUCGGGCGAUGGCUUUCAGGUUGCGCCAAGGGCCGUCGGUGGGACGGAACAGGCGCUGAGCGGAGGCCUCGGCCAGCAUGCGUCCCCGGUGAGGAUUUGGGAAGCGGCGGUGAAGCUGCUCACGGCAAUCAUCUCGUACGUGCGUGUAGAAGACGAAAUGUUUGAUGAGAUCCUGGACCUUUUGGCGGAUAUCAUGGAAAAGAACCGGGAAGUGAGGGAGGCUUUGGAGGUUAUCAACCCCGAUGCCGUCUGGGCCGUGAGAUAUGAGCGCGGGCUUGUCGAAUGGACUCCCGCUCCGGUGCUGGAGGGCGUAGUAUUUCCAGAGAUGGAAAGGAUAUCUUGA